AUGGCUAACGGCACCGAACCUACCACCAACCCCGAGAAUGCUCAGAGAUUGGGUGCUACAAGCAACGGUGGGCACCCGUUGCGAGACGACAAUGCGGGGGGAAUGAAGAGAAGGGAAGGGCCGGCCUUUGAGGCGCCUCAAGGCCCGGCAGGGAUGACAAGUAUCCCUCUUGUGUGGCUUGCUAGCCGAGCCUCGUGGAUUGGGGCCGAGGUGGGUCGGAAGCGGAAGGGAAGAGCGGAGAGGGGCGAGGCGAGGGGGGAGGAGAGGGCGGUGAGAAUACGAGGGGGGAUGGGGAGGGAGGAGGUGAGUGCGGAGGGGGGAUGUGAUGGUGUGAGGAGGGGAGAGCUAGAGAAGGUGAGGGAGAGGGUGAGUGAUGGAGGGGGAGCGUUGGAGAACAAGGAAGAGAAGAGGACGGGGGAGCGGAAACCUCAGAAGGAACUCGUCCCAGCUCUGCGCUACAGCGAUGUGUGCAUGGAGGGGGUUUGGGAUCGCAAUGGGGAGGACAAGAAGAGCGAGGAGGGUGGGGGAGACGAGGCGAGGGGGGGAGAGGUGGAGAGAGAAGAGGAGGAGAUGAGAGGAGGUAGGGAGAUGAAAGGGGAUGGAGGUGCGGGGGGAGAGUUGGAUUUGGUAGGAGAUGGCGGGACGGGGGGCAGGGGAGGUACGGAAGGGUGUGGGAAUGAGGAUGGUCGGGUUCAGGCUGGGGAGAUGAGGAGAGAGGGGGGAGCAGCAGAAGGCGAGGGAGCAGCAGAAGGUGAGGGAGCAGCAGAAGUUGAGGGAGCAGCAGAAGGCGAGGGAGCAGUGGAGAGGAGGGAAGGAUGGAGGGGAGAGGGUGGAUCGGAAAGGGGCGGAUCUAGGGGGGUGGAGGAAGAGGGCGAGACAGGAGGUGCAGCUUCUGCGCUGAUUGCUCUGGCUGCUGCUGCUGCUGGGAUCAGCCGUCACUCCCCCUCUACCGCCCUCUCACAACCUGUUUUUGAGGCGCCUCAAGAAGUCUCUGCUGCUGCUGGGAUCAGCCGUGACUCCCCCUGCACCACACUGCCAGCCGCACCAGCCCCAUCAGCCCCAUUAACAGUAUCAGCAGCAUCAGCAGCAGUAGCAGUUGGGAAGCCAGCAGGAGAGGCUGUACCUGGGGAGGCUGUACCUGGAGAGGCUGUACCUGGAGAGGCUGUACCUGGAGAGGCUGUACCUGGGGAGGCUGUACCUGGGGUGGCGGAAGCAGGAGGAGGAGGAGAGAGUGGAGCAAGAGAAGGGGGAGCAGGAGGUUUUGAGGUUGCAGAAGGGUGGGGACCAGGAGGAGGGGGAGCAGGAGACAGGGAACCAGGAAGGGGAGGAGCAGCAGGGUUGGUGAGAGCAGAAGGGCGGUGCAGACCAAGAAGUGAUGGAUGGGGGAGAGAAGUCGUGUGGGGGCCGCAAGCGUAUGCAUUGGACGGCUGGGGGGGGGCAGCAGGGCAGGCCGUGCAAGGCUGGGGGGGGCUAGCCUUAGCCCCUCACAGCCGCACCCGCACACCCGCGUCCGUCUCACAGCCUCACAGCAACCCCUUGGGUGUGGUUUCUUCCCAUUGGGAGGGAGUGCCUUUCCCAAGAGAGAGUAUGGACUGGUAUGGUCGCAUUCCCGUGGCUGCUCCUGCUGCUGGCUUCCCGUGUGCGGGGGCUGUGAGGGUGCCACGUGGCAUGCCAGGAGGGCUAACACGUGGAGCACUGGCGCCCCUGGCGUCAGCUCCUGUGUUGCCACCUGGCGCACUGCCAUGUGGCAUGAUGGCGGCGCCAGCGGUGCGCGUUUUGCCACCUGGCAUGCUGCCAGGUGGCGGGGACCGGGGAUCUGUUAAUGGUCUACUAGACUGGAGCCCUAGCCUUGCUGCGUUCCCUCGCUUAGCAAUGGGAACUGUGAGCGAUGCAGCAAUCUGGGUAGCGAAGGGUGGAGCAGCAGGAGUAAGGAAGGACGCAGCAGAGGGAGCAGGGACGGGUGCAGCGGAAGGAGCAGGGAAGGAUACAUCAAGGGAGGUAGAGAAGGGCGGUUCAACAGGAGUAGGGGUAAGGAAAGAAACAGCAGCAGAUGCAGGAACCACCACUACUGCCAUGCCCAUUGCCCCUGCAGGGACUGGCUUGAGCAGCAUUGCUACGCGCAUUGCAUCGCUGGGAACUGGCGUGAACAGCACUGGCAUGCUAGUUGCAUCGCUGGGGGUCGGCAGGGCAAGCACUGGCAAGACCACCUCUGGCACGCGAAUUGCACCCACGGGGAGUGGGAGGGCAAGCACUGGCAUGACCAACACUGGCAACACUGGCACUGCCAACGGAUUGACCAUAAGCAGCAUGAGUGCGGGCUGUAGGGUAGAAGAAUGUGCAACCUUUCUGCUAGACACAGCUGUAGCUGCAAGGGGAGGAGCGGCUGGGGGAGCGGCAGGGGGAGCGGCAGCACCAGUGGCAGCGGCGACAGUGGCGGGAAAAUUAGGAUAUUUAGGUGCACGAGGAAGGGGAGGAGAGGGGGCAGGGGAAGGGGCAGGAGGAGGGGCAGGAGGAGUGGGAGGAGCAGUGAUGGCUGUGCCAGCACUGGCUGUUGCAAGACCAGCUGUUGCAGUGGCCGUAGCAACAUCGGGGUCGGUCUGCUGUAGCAGCAUCUACUCUACCACCAGAUAG